CCUCGAUAAGAGGUUGGCUGGAACUCCGCAGUGUAGGUAUCAGUACUUGGUGUCGUUAACACUGGAUAAAGGAUUAUAGUUCGAGUUUACCAAUAGAAAGGAAUCAUAUCAGUUAUUUCAGACACGAAACCGUUCGGGAAACAAGUUGGAUUCGCUGGAUGUUUACAUCAAAAGAGGAAAAGAUUUCAGCACGAAUGGGAAAAUACGGUAUCACGGUGGCUGGAUCACAGCUCGGCGAAACAUGAAGAUGAAACGGCUUGCAUAUCUCAAUGACUAACGUUAGCUAGUUAGCUAGCUAACAUCUAUCUCGCAGAGGAAAUCGGCUGAUUAGCUAACUAGCCUCGUUAUAAUUAGCCCCCUCCCCCCCCCCCCCCCAGGAAGAGCAGCACAUGAAAAUCGUUUUAGUGCAUUUAUUCCUUAGCGUGUGCUUGGCAUUUGUGCAUCGUGGUCAUGAGUACGCCGAUUAAGACGCUGGGUCUAAUUUAGCUAUCUUAGCUAGCUAGGUUAGCUAACAUCAAAACAAAAAAGGGCCAGGCUGCUGGGUAGAUAGUUGGAAACUAGAAGCUAGCUAGAUAGAGGAAGUCAGACUUGGGUCUAUAUAGCUUGCUUAGUUAGUUAAGCUUGUUAGAACCAAGAGGCAAGGUGCGAAACCGAAAGCCAAUGUUUAGCUUAUUGAUCGUAAUUUUUAACUUCGGGAAAAUGAUAAGGCGAUGAAAUGUUAGCUACACAAUAGGUAUAUGCCGCCUUUUAUCCGUAAUAGAUAAAAAGGACAAGAAGAACAUGUGGGUUUAACUACAAAUGACCCUGAACACCACUUGGCGUAUGCAAGUGUUUGCAGUUUGCUGUCAUUGUCUUAUCCGGUCUCUUAACUCUUCCGCUUCUGUUUUAGCUGGGUAGCUGCAUAAUAUUAAGUCCAGAUUCCUUUAUCUUCUAAAACUGAUUAUGGCUGCCGUUGUGAAUUAUUCACCUCCGUGGUGGGUUAGCCUUCUACAUCGCCUUCCCCACUUUAAUCUUCACUUUGAACAAACAAGCAGCGAUUUUCGCCCCGAUGAUUCGUCAUAUCAGCAGUCCAUCCUUCUCCUGGGAGCUGUGGCUGUGGCCUGUCUGGCUCUGGACCUCCUCUUCCUCCUCUUCUACUCCUUCUGGCUCUGCUGCCACCGCAAGAAGAGCGAGGAGCAGCCCAACGCCGACUGCUGCUGCACUGCCUGGUGUGUCAUCAUCGCCACCCUCGUGUGCAGUGCUGGCAUUGCCGUUGGUUUCUAUGGGAAUGGAGAGACCUGCGAUGGAGUGACCCGGCUCACCUACUCACUUCGACAUGCCAACCGCACCGUGGCUGGGGUCCAGAGUCUGGUUUCAGACAGCGCCUCUUCCCUGAACCAGACUGUAGAUGAGAACCUGAAGCAUUUAGAGGGCCAGUACCAAAAGCACACAGACUAUGUGUCCAUAGUGCAGAAGCUUCAGGGCCAGCUGGACGAGAUGGUAAAGCAGAUGGUGGCGAUCCCCUUCUGGAGCAAUCCCAGUAUCUCUCUAGAGGACCUGGCUGCCAGGAUUGAGCUCUACGACUGGUACAGGUGGCUGGGCUACUUGGGACUGCUCCUCUUCGAUGUGCUCAUCUGCCUUCUGGUGCUCUUCGGCCUCAUCCGCAACUCCAAAGGAACUCUCAUUGGGGUCUGUUUACUGGGUGUAUUGGCGCUGGUUAUCAGCUGGGGAUCACUGGGUUUGGAACUGGCUGUCUCCUCGAGCACCAGUGACUUUUGUGUGUCGCCGGACACAUACGUCAGUGAGGUUGCCGAGAAGAACGCCAUUAUUGACAAAGACAUCCUGCAGUACUACCUCCAGUGCAGCGUGGGACAGGCCAACCCAUUCCAGCAGAAGCUGUCUGGAAGCCAUAAGGCCCUGGUGGAGAUGCAGGAUGAUGUCUCAGAGCUUCUGCGCUCUGCCGUACAGGACUACCCCAACACCAAGAGCAAUCUGGAGCAGAUUCAGGGGGUUCUGAACACCACUGAAAUUGGCUUGCAUCAGCUGACUGCCCUGGUGGACUGCCGCAGUCUGCAUAUGGACUAUGUGCAGGCCAUGACAGGGCUGUGUUAUGAUGGUCUGGAGGGUCUGAUCUACCUGGUGCUCUUUUCCUUUGUCACUGCCCUUAUGUUCACUUCUAUCGUCUGCAGCGUCCCUCACACAUGGCAAGGCAGAAGGCCCGAUGAAGACAAUGAGGAAGACUCUGGGGCUGCUGGAGGAAGACAGAACCAUGACAAUCUGUAUCGUGUGCACAUGCCCAGCCUGUACAGCUGUGGCAGCAGCUAUGGCAGUGAGACCAGUAUCCCUGCUGCAGCACACACAGUGAGCAACGCUCCCGUUACCGAGUACAUGACGCAGAAUGCAAACUUCCAGAAUCCCCGCUGUGAGAACACGCCUCUAAUUGGGAGAGAGUCGCCGCCCCCUUCUUACACAUCCAGCAUGAGGGCCAAGUACCUGGCCAACGCCCGUCCUGAUCCCAGCAGCAGCUCUGCAGCACACUAGACACACUCACGUGCACACUCACUCAUUCACUCUCUCACACACACACACACACACACACACACACACACACA